UCGUUCUUCGGGCCUCGAGGGAGCCCAGCCCUCCGUCCCACCAGGAUCCGUGGCAAGUGGGGGCCGCGGCAGCUGCGUCCCCAUGAGGAGAAGAGGAAGAUGCCGGCUGAGCUGCUGCUGCUGCUGAUAGUUGCCUUCGCCAACCCCAGCUGCCAGGUGCUGUCAUCACUGCGCAUGGCUGCAAUCCUGGACGACCAGACCGUGUGUGGCCGCGGUGAGCGUCUGGCCCUGGCCCUGGCCCGGGAACAAAUCAACGGGAUCAUCGAGGUCCCAGCCAAGGCCCGAGUGGAAGUUGACAUCUUUGAGCUGCAGCGGGACAGCCAGUACGAGACCACGGACACCAUGUGUCAGAUACUGCCCAAGGGGGUCGUGUCUGUCCUGGGACCCUCCUCCAGCCCAGCUUCUGCCUCCACCGUCAGCCAUAUCUGUGGGGAGAAGGAGAUUCCCCACAUCAAGGUGGGUCCUGAGGAGACGCCCCGCCUUCAGUACCUUCGCUUCGCAUCUGUCAGCCUGUACCCCAGUAAUGAGGACGUCAGCCUGGCGGUCUCCCGAAUCCUCAAGUCUUUUAACUACCCCUCGGCUAGCCUCAUCUGCGCCAAGGCUGAGUGCUUGCUUCGAUUGGAAGAAUUGGUACGAGGCUUUCUCAUCUCUAAGGAGACACUGUCAGUGAGGAUGCUGGACGACAGCCGGGACCCCACGCCGCUACUCAAGGAGAUCCGAGAUGACAAAGUCUCUACCAUCAUCAUUGAUGCCAACGCGUCCAUCUCCCACCUCGUCCUUCGUAAGGCUUCGGAGCUAGGAAUGACCUCAGCGUUUUACAAGUACAUCCUCACCACCAUGGACUUCCCUAUCCUGCAUCUGGAUGGUAUUGUAGAGGACUCCUCCAACAUCCUGGGCUUUUCCAUGUUCAACACCUCCCAUCCCUUCUACCCGGAGUUUGUGCGCAGUCUCAACAUGUCCUGGAGAGAGAACUGUGAAGCCAGCACCUAUCCCGGGCCUGCGCUGUCUGCUGCCCUGAUGUUUGACGCUGUGCAUGUGGUGGUAAGCGCCGUCCGAGAGCUGAACCGAAGCCAGGAGAUUGGCGUCAAGCCACUGGCCUGUACUUCGGCCAACAUUUGGCCCCAUGGGACCAGCCUCAUGAACUACCUACGCAUGGUAGAGUAUGACGGGCUGACCGGGCGGGUUGAGUUCAACAGCAAAGGGCAGAGGACCAACUACACACUGCGCAUCCUGGAGAAGUCCCGCCAGGGCCACCGUGAGAUAGGGGUGUGGUACUCGAACAGGACCCUGGCCAUGAACGCCACUACCCUGGACAUCAACCUGUCACAGACUCUAGCCAACAAGACACUGGUGGUCACGACUAUCCUGGAGAACCCGUAUGUCAUGCGCAGGCCUAACUUCCAGGCCUUGUCGGGGAACGAGCGCUUCGAGGGCUUCUGUGUGGACAUGCUUCGGGAGCUGGCGGAGCUGCUUCGCUUCCGGUAUCGCCUGCGGUUGGUAGAGGAUGGACUGUACGGGGCACCUGAGCCAAAUGGCUCCUGGACAGGCAUGGUUGGCGAGCUCAUCAACCGGAAGGCAGACUUGGCUGUGGCAGCCUUCACCAUUACCGCGGAGCGGGAGAAAGUCAUCGACUUCUCCAAGCCCUUCAUGACCCUGGGGAUCAGCAUCCUCUACAGAGUGCACAUGGGCCGCAAGCCUGGCUACUUCUCCUUCCUGGACCCCUUCUCCCCUGCUGUGUGGCUCUUCAUGCUUCUUGCCUACCUUGCUGUCAGCUGUGUCCUUUUCCUGGCUGCCAGGCUGAGCCCUUACGAGUGGUACAAUCCUCACCCAUGCCUUCGGGCGCGUCCCCAUAUCCUGGAGAACCAGUACACGCUGGGCAACAGCCUCUGGUUCCCUGUAGGUGGCUUCAUGCAACAGGGAUCAGAGAUCAUGCCCCGGGCGCUGUCCACGCGCUGUGUCAGCGGAGUCUGGUGGGCCUUCACUUUGAUCAUCAUCUCCUCCUACACGGCCAACCUGGCCGCAUUCCUCACGGUGCAGCGCAUGGAGGUGCCUGUGGAGUCGGCUGACGACCUGGCGGAUCAGACCAACAUUGAGUACGGCACUAUCCAUGCCGGCUCCACCAUGACCUUCUUCCAGAACUCACGGUACCAGACAUACCAGCGGAUGUGGAACUACAUGCAGUCAAAACAGCCUAGCGUGUUUGUCAAGAGCACUGAGGAAGGAAUUGCCCGAGUCCUCAACUCCCGCUACGCCUUCCUGUUGGAGUCCACCAUGAAUGAGUACCACCGGCGCCUCAAUUGCAACCUCACCCAGAUCGGGGGCCUCCUCGACACCAAGGGCUAUGGCAUCGGCAUGCCGCUGGGCUCCCCGUUCCGGGAUGAGAUCACGCUGGCCAUCCUGCAGCUCCAAGAGAACAACAGGCUGGAGAUCCUGAAGCGCAAGUGGUGGGAGGGCGGCCGGUGCCCCAAGGAGGAGGACCACAGGGCCAAAGGUUUGGGCAUGGAGAAUAUUGGAGGUAUUUUUGUUGUGCUCAUCUGUGGCCUCAUCAUUGCUGUCUUCGUGGCAGUCAUGGAAUUCAUCUGGUCCACGCGGAGGUCAGCGGAGUCCGAGGAGGUGUCGGUGUGCCAGGAGAUGCUGCAGGAGCUGCGCCACGCCGUGUCUUGCCGCAAAACCUCGCGUUCCCGCCGGCGCCGGCGCCCGGGCGGCCCGAGUCGGGCCCUGCUGUCGCUGCGCGCGGUCCGCGAGAUGCGACUCAGCAACGGCAAGCUCUACUCGGCCGGCGCGGGCGGGGACGCGGGCGCGCACGGGGGUCCGCAGCGCCUCCUGGACGACCCGGGGCCUCCCGGGGGACCCCGGCCCGCGGUUCCCACGCCCUGCACGCACGUGCGCGUCUGCCAAGAGUGCAGGCGCAUCCAGGCGCUGCGGGCUUCGGGGGCCGGGGCCCCCCCACGUGGCCUGGGCACCCCAGCCGAAGCCACCAGCCCGCCCCGACCGCGGCCAGGCCCCACUGGACCCCGCGAGCUGACAGAGCACGAAUGA